GUUUGGGAAUUGAUUCCGAGUCUCCCUAAUUUCUCAGGGUCAACUGGCCGUUUAGAUCGUAACCAUCAUGGGGACCGACUCAGUGUUAUUUCCUCUCGGGGGGCAAUCGAAAUGGAUCCCAAUUCUCUGGACCAUGUUAUGUGUCGUCGUCAUUUCCAGAGUGCUGCGAUUUUGCCGUAAACUACAGGCUGCAAAUAAUCUCCCAGGUUAUAGACCGAUGUUUUUUCCCUUGGGACCUCCGGGAGCCUUCUUCUAUUCGACGCGGUGGCACAAUGGUGCUGACAUGCACUGGGCAAGGCGUUUCCAGAUGUACAAGAACGGCGAGAACGUGUCGGUUGUCCCCUGGUUGGGAGGUCGUUCUGCAAUUUAUACCUCCAAUUUGGAUGUGACACGCCAGGUUGCGUCGGGGAGUCACAAGUCGGAUUUCAUCAAGCCUUCGUCCGCUAGCAGAAUUCUGCUUGGAUGGGGGAUGAAUUUGGUUGCAGCUGAUGGGGAAAUAUGGCGCCGACAUCGACGAAUCAUGGGUCCUGCAUUCAACAACGAUUUGUACAAGCUAGUGUGGAAUAAAACGCAGAAAAUCUACUACGAAAUGUUGGUUGUCGAUCAAUGGGCUAACAAGCAUGAAGUUUCAGUGCCAGCGGUACAGAAGAUUACGUUCAAGCUCGCUUUAUUUGUGAUCGCUACAUGUGGCUUUGGCAUCUCAUUUGAUUGGGAGGAGCCUUUGAAAUCCGAAAACCGUGCCAUGUCCGUACAGAAAGCAUUUAGGAUAAUAUCGGAUACCGGGUCAUUUGCGGUCUUUGCUCCCAAGUGGGUCAAAAGUCUGCCAUUCCAAUAUAUUCGCGAUUCUAAUACGGCACAUGAGCAGCUGGGUAAGUUCAUGAGGGACGAGGUGGUAAGACGGCGCGCGCAAAUCGCCAACGGAGAGAUUGAUGUUGAAGGGGAUAAUUUGGAAACACGCACGAUUUUCAAUCUGCUUAUGAAGGCUGGCGAAGACGAGGAUGGCAAGUACUCGCUCGAUGAUGAAGAAGUGGUUGGCAAUGUCUUCGUCAUGCUAUUUGCUGGACACGAAACCACUGCACAUUCACUGGCGGCCACCUUGGGAUUUUUGGCUGUUUAUGACGACAUCCAAGAUGAAGUCUUUGAGCAGAUCAAGUCCGUUUUAUCUGAUCACACAGACCCUACAUUUGAGGACUAUUCGAAACUUGACAGAGUCCUGGCGGUCUUCUAAUAUUUUAAUAGGGUCUUUUCUUAAGUUUCGACGGUCUCAGCCUCAGGUACAACUCGAGUGUAUACUUACCGGGUUUCUACAAAAUAAUGAGAAUCGAUCGAACUUUUUUUCGGCUGCCCAGUAUAGUAAUUCCCUAUCUUGGAUUC